CCUUCACCUACAAGUCCUGGUAAGUUAGCCAGUCCUCCCUAUCUGCAGUCUGAGUCCUCCAUGGACAGCCUCAGUCAGCAGUCUGGUGCCAUGAUCAACACCCAGGGAGAGCUGUAUUCUACACAGAUAUGUUUACAACGUGAAAGGUCUGCAAAGAAAACCAAAAAAACCAGCCCUAAAGGAUCACAAUAUUUACAGUAUCCAAGAGCAUGGAGAAACUGUAAUUAAGCAGAAGAAAAGGAAAAGAAUGGCUUCAGGCCAGACAGGAAAGGAGUUCAUCAAAGAUACCAGUUUAAAAAAAGGAAGUAGUAUUGACAGUUAUUCUGACAAAUCCAGUGAUUCAGCCGAGACACAGGACUAUGUUGGUCUCGGCUCCCCUUCAGUCAGUGAAAAAUCUAAUGAGAAACUACCAGUAUUACGAGAAGAGGCGACCCUAGUUGAUGACAUGAUCACGCCGACAGACUCUCUUGAUGGUGAAGAAGAAGCAGCUUGUUUUGAAAAGAGGGAUAGUCAAUCACCAAACUUCAAAAAGGGACGAGGCUCCAAGAAAUUAAAAGUAGCCACCAGGUUCCAGUCUGACGAAUGUGAUACAGAAGUUUCCUUUAGGAAUUUACCUGAUACUCCUGAUUUAGACGUAGCUCCUUCAGUCCCAAUGUGGGAACCUCCACAACAAACUUCCACUACUGUAGUUGAUAGCAGAAGGGGGAAGAGAACUCAUCAGUAUCAACAGGAGAAUGAAGUACAGAAAAAAUCCAAACCGGAACCGAUAUCCCUUGUACCAUGCCCGUUGUGUAGUGUGCCUUUUCCAAUGGACCAGAUAGAAGCUCAUGCAGCUGAAUGUGAAGGAGGCGAAGACACCAACAAUGCUAAUAGUGCUGUCCGUGAGGAUGCAGAUGAUGGGAGCUUUUCGAGGAAGCCUGCGGAGGGGGCAAUGGGAUUUUUUCAGAAUAGCCAGAGUCCUCACCAGGUUAAUUUGCUUUCACCCCAGAAACACAAAACAGGAAGAGCUAAUGAUAACUCUGCUAAAGAUAUGACCGUGGAAGCCACUGAGCCAGUAAGGCAGAUGAUGAUGUGUUACCUAUGCGAUGAAAAGUUCCCAGUGGGUCAAGAAUAUGACCACCACAUUGAAAUUUGUCUGAAGGAAGCUCAGCAGAGACAGGCAGAGGCGGAUGCUAGAGGAUACGUGGGAGCCCGAACUUUACAUGUCACCCCAGAGAAAAGGUCAACCAGAUCGAGCAAUAAAGAGGAACAAGGAAGCAAGUUCCUGGGACAACUGGAUCAAGCCUGGCACCAGACUGAAGGGUACACAUCAGCGACUGAAGAGGAAUCUUUCACACUUCGUCGUAUUAUCAGGGGAAAGCCCGGGAAAGAAAACAAGAUACAUGUCCAUACCAGGCAGUCUGACAGUGAAAAGACUGAUAGCAGUGAGAGUUACACGGAUUCUUCUUCAUCAGAUUGGGACCAACCAUCCCAGCCAACAGACAAAACCAGACAAUCACUGAAAGUCGUACAAAGCUCCACUGACGGACCAAAUGCCUUACCCGGGGACUGGAGUUUGGAAGAACUUACAAAUUCUCCUCUCAAAACAUUUGUUCCUAUAAAUGCCCAGGAAAAUCCCGAGGCUUUCAUAAACCAGUUUGACAAUGCCAAAAGGCGUUUUGAGAAUAGAGCACAGAAAAAAACAAAAGCUCCAAAAAGGGGUACAAAGAAAAGGCGGAAGCGUAGAAAAAGAAAAUCCACUGCCAAAAAGCCUCCUGCCAAACGAAGAAAAGCUGAUAAUACUGAUCCUGUUCAUAUAUGUUGAUAUGAUUUCCCUGUAUUUCUUAAGUCCAUUAAUAUUUUAAAUUUCUCUUGAAAAGUUUUUUGAUUGAUUAAUUUGUUGUUGGGUCAGUGAGAUGCAUUCAAAAACAUAAUUUUACAAAUCACAGAAGACUAAGGCAUAUGAUAUCUCAGGUUGUGAUUGAAGGCUUUAAUUUGGUAUAUUCUAUGGUCUGAAAUCAUUCCAAAGUUUAAUGAUUAUUGUAGUAAAUGAAAUAGCCAUGUUCUACCAUCAGGUGACCAAAAUAUAUAUAAAAAAAUAACCCUUGAGGGAAAAAUACAUUACAUAUUGAUUUACUUAAAAUUCAACUUCCUCUAAAUUCCCAUUUACGAAUCAUUUCCUUUGCUUUGUGAUUUUGAAAAUAAACUUUCAAAAAAAAAAGAAAUGAUUUAAAACAUGAUUUUCAUAUAUAUUUUUAGUACAUUAUGUAUUAAGAGUACAAUAAGAAAACCUGCAUUUAACAGAGGAAUUGACUUGUUACAGGUUGAUAACUGUAGUAGUGGUUUAUACUGUUGAUGUACUAGACAUUUUUUCACUUUAUUGUUUUGUCAUAAUAUAGAUCUAUCAAUGUGUUCAUCAUUGUUAACCUUUUGGAAAUAAAUAUAUUUGUUCGCAGUGAA